AUGACUGAUUCAAAGUAUUUUACAACAACCAAGAAGGGUGAGAUUUUCGAAUUGAAAUCUGAAUUAAACAGCGAUAAGAAAGAAAAAAAGAAGGAAGCAGUAAAGAAGGUCAUAGCUUCUAUGACAGUUGGUAAAGAUGUGUCAGCUCUUUUCCCCGAUGUUGUCAAUUGCAUGCAAACUGACAAUCUGGAGCUGAAGAAACUGGUCUACCUCUACCUAAUGAACUACGCUAAAUCUCAGCCGGACAUGGCUAUAAUGGCCGUAAAUACAUUUGUUAAGGAUUGCGAAGACUCGAACCCUCUGAUCCGAGCGUUGGCUGUGCGGACUAUGGGUUGCAUCCGAGUGGACAAAAUCACGGAGUAUUUGUGUGAGCCACUGCGUAAGUGUCUCAAAGAUGAAGACCCAUAUGUGAGGAAGACGGCUGCAGUUUGCGUCGCUAAACUUUAUGAUAUAUCCUCUAGCAUGGUUGAAGAUCAGGGAUUUUUAGAUCAACUGAAGGAUCUAUUGAGUGAUUCUAACCCGAUGGUAGUGGCCAAUGCUGUGGCUGCUCUUUCCGAGAUCAAUGAAGCCAGUGUGUCAGGGCACCCACUUGUUGAGAUGAACGCGCCGACGAUCAACAAGCUGCUGACGGCGCUGAACGAGUGCACGGAGUGGGGGCAGGUGUUCAUCCUGGACGCGCUGUCCAACUACGCGCCGAAGGACGCGCGCGAGGCGCACUCCAUCUGCGAGCGCAUCACGCCGCGCCUCGCGCACGCCAACGCCGCAGUCGUGCUCUCCGCUGUCAAGGUGCUGAUGAAGCUGAUGGAGAUGGUGAGCGAGGACGCGGAGCUGGUGGGCACGCUGUCGCGCAAGCUGGCGCCGCCGCUGGUGACGCUGCUGAGCGCGGAGCCCGAGGUGCAGUAUGUGGCGCUGCGCAACAUCAACCUCGUCGUGCAGAAGCGCCCAGACAUACUCAAACACGAAAUGAAGGUGUUCUUCGUGAAGUACAACGACCCUAUCUACGUGAAGCUGGAGAAGCUGGACAUCAUGAUCCGGCUGGCCUCGCAGGCCAACAUCGCGCAGGUGCUGGGCGAGCUGAAGGAGUACGCCACCGAGGUGGAUGUAGACUUCGUGAGGAAAGCCGUGCGUGCUAUCGGCAGGUGUGCUAUCAAGGUGGAGCCGUCAGCGGAGCGCUGCGUCUCGACAUUGCUGGAGCUGAUCCAAACGAAGGUGAACUACGUGGUACAGGAAGCCAUCGUCGUCAUCAAAGACAUCUUCCGCAAGUACCCCAACAAGUACGAGAGCAUCAUCAGCACCCUCUGCGAGAAUCUAGACACCCUGGAUGAACCUGAAGCCAGGGCAUCUAUGGUGUGGAUAGUGGGCGAGUACGCGGAGCGCAUCGACAACGCGGACGAGCUGCUCGACUCCUUCCUCGAGGGAUUCCACGAUGAAAACGCACAGGUGCAGCUGCAGCUGCUGACUGCGGUGGUGAAGCUGUUCCUGAAGCGGCCGGCCGACACGCAGGAGCUGGUGCAGCACGUGCUCAGCCUCGCCACGCAGGACUCCGACAACCCCGACCUCAGGGACCGCGGCUUCAUCUACUGGCGGCUGCUGUCGACGGACCCCGCGGCCGCCAAGGAGGUGGUGCUGGCCGACAAGCCGCUCAUCUCCGAGGAGACGGACCUGCUGGAGCCCACGCUGCUGGACGAGCUCAUCUGCCACAUCGCCUCGCUCGCCUCCGUCUACCACAAGCCGCCCACCGCCUUCGUUGAAGGUCGCGGCGCAGGCGUGCGCAAGUCUCUGCCGUCGCGCGGCGCCGCGCCCGAGGAGGCUCUGCCGCAGCAGCCCACUGUCAUACCUAACCAGGAAUCUUUGAUCGGCGACUUGCUGUCGAUGGACAUCUCAGGUCCGCCGGCCGCCGCGCCCGCCUCCAACAUCGACCUGCUCGCAGGCAACCUUGAUGUGCUGCUGGGUGGCGGACCGGAGCCAGCGGCGGCUGCGACGACGACAGGCCUGCUGGGAGACAUCUUCGGCGCCGCGGCCGCGCCCGCGUCAUAUGUGCCGCCCAAACAGUGCUGGCUGCCUGCUGACAAGGGGAAAGGUUUGGAGAUUUGGGGCACGUUUAGCCGGCAGAACGGGCAGCCGCGCAUGGAGAUGACCUUUACCAACAAGGCUAUGCAGGCCAUGACUGGCUUCGCUAUACAGCUCAACAAGAACAGUUUCGGCGUGUACCCCGGCGGCGCGCUGUCGGUGGGCGUGGUGUCGGCGGGCGGACGCAGCGAGGCCGCGCUGCCGCUCGCCGCCGCCGGGCCCGUGCAGCGCAUGGACCCACUCAACAACCUUCAAGUGGCGAUCAAGAACAACGUGGACGUGUUCUACUUCGCGUGCCUAAUACCCGCGCACGUGCUGUUCACGGAAGACGGCCAGCUCGACAAGCGCGUCUUCCUCACCACGUGGAAGGAGAUCCCCGCCGCCAACGAGGUGCAGCACACGCUCUCCAACGUGGUCGGCAACGCGGACACCAUCGCCCACAAGAUGACCCUCAACAACGUGUUCACCAUCGCCAAGAGGAACGUCGAGGGCCAGGAUAUGCUGUACCAGUCCCUCAAACUGAUCAACAACAUCUGGGUGCUGCUGGAACUGAAGCUGCAGCCUGGCAACCCCGAGGCCACGCUCAGCCUCAAGUCGCGCACUGUUGAGGUCGCCACAUGCAUAUUCCAAGCUUAUGAAGCUAUUAUCAAAUCGUAAUCUCUUAGACAACUCUAUGUUCAUUAUUUAUAUAUAUUGUUCUAAGUUUAUCGAGUUAUAUAAAAUGUAUUAUGUAAGUUAAUAAAGACUAUGACUGUAAAUUCCAUUAGCGUAUGAAUGUUUAUUAGAAGUAUGUUUGUAUUUCGUAGUCCGCGGCAUUAUUCCUUUUUCGAGGACUAUUUCGCUCACGCUGUUUAUGAAGUAAAAAUAAAUGUUAUUCCAGUA